AACCGACUCACCAACAGCCAGGUCAGCCUUCAAACUAGGGUUUUGCCCUCCCGCUUCGAGAAAGCAAACAGCUCGAGCUCCUCCGGUUCCGUCCGCCUCCGUUCCUCCGCACCUUCCCGGCCGCCGCCAAGAUGAAGCUCGUCAGGUUCUUGAUGAAGCUGAACAACGAGACGGUCACCAUCGAGCUCAAGAACGGCACUACCGUCCACGGCACCAUCACCGGUGUUGACAUCAGCAUGAAUACUCAUCUGAAGACCGUAAAGCUCACAAUGAAAGGGAAGAAUCCUGUAACCCUUGAUCACAUCAGUGUGAGAGGAAACAACAUCCGGUAUUACAUCCUCCCUGAUAGCUUAAACCUGGAAACGUUGCUGGUUGAGGAUACCCCCAGGGUCAAGUCUAAGAAGCCAACUACAGGGAAGCCUAUGGGUCGGGGUCGUGGACGCGGCCGUGGGCGUGGUCGGGGCCGGGGGCGCUGAGCUUUAUUGUUCCCUACUUUGGAAGCUCGUGCAGUGCAAGUCCCUACAGCGUAACUGCCUCCUUUCUCUGCGAGCUAUGUCGAAGAAUGUUUCUGUUCUGUUGGAAGAUGUCAAUCUAAGUACGUGUUGAUGCGGAAUCAUCUCGACUGUUUGACCUAUGUUCUUAUAUAUUGUUCGUAAUGCAUUUUCUCGGGAAUUUUACUUGCAGGCCUCCAGACCUUUGAAAUGCUAAGUGGCAUCCUGUGCUGUUACUUGUUACCCUGGAAUUCUUGCCCAUGUGCUUUUGCGUAGCAGUAAGUUGUGUUUGAGUAGAAGCUGACCCUUUUUCUUCUGUGGCAAUGCUUGAAAUUAAACUGGGAUGGGGGCACUGGUAUUGCAGAUUACAUAUUCAUCUGAA